GCAGGGCUGCCGAUUUGGAGCGAGGUAGUCAGAUCCUUGACGCUUUUCUAGUACCACACACACACAAUCAUGUACAAGUUCCUGCUCAUUGCCGCCCUGCUGCCGGCCGUCGUCUUCGGACAGACCCCGUUCCGACCAUGCGCCAACGGUGCCCCGACGCCGGCAUCGCUCAGCAUUGAAGGAUGCACGGCACUUCCGUGCACGAUCACUUCCGGCUCGCCGCUGGUUGCCCGUGGUAUCGGUAUCGUGUCCCCGGUCGCUACCCCUACCCUCGAGGCUCACCUGACCGCUCGGCUGCUCGGACUGGACGUCGGAUUCGAUAUCCCAGAGGAGCUGCGUGAUGCGUGCGCUGUUGGCAUCUCGGGUGCUUCGUGCCCGAUUUCGGCCGGCCAAUCGUUCGACUACGAGCUGAACUACUCCAUGGAGCUGCCGCUGGUCGGUAUUACCGUGCAGGUUGAGGUCGGUCUGACUGCUGCCGACGGUACCGACGUGACUUGCAUCGAAAUUGAUGCUGCUAUCGUUGGUUAAACUGUUCAAAUCCACAAAUCCAACCUUUUCCCUCUUAAUAAACCAUUUCUGAGUGAUCAUCUUUAAGAAAAAGGCUGAUGUGAUUCUGGCCAUCUGGUCCGUCGGAUUGGACAUGCGCUGGGAGAUUAACGAGGCCAAACAGAUCCAGAACUCCAGAAC